AAUCUUCUCUAUCUCUCAAUCUUCUCUCUGAAAACGUUCCUCGAACAAGAAGAUCGAUCUCAUGUUUAAAUCUUUGUUCUCAACGUCCUCUUUCAGGCUCAAGAAACAGAAAACAUCGUAUACGAAGAGGAGUUUAUAUCGAAUGCGAAAGGAGUGAAGUUCUUCACAUGUAGAUGGAGACAGAUGAAUAUCGAACCAAAGGCUUUGAUCUUUUUAUGCCAUGGUUAUGCCAUGGAGUGCAGCAUCACAAUGAACAGCACGGCGAUGAGGCUAGCCAAGGCAGGGUUUGCUGUCUACGGGAUGGACUAUGGAGGGCAUGGGAAGUCAGAUGGGUUACAGGGUUUUAUCUCAAGCUUUGACGAUCUUAUCGACGACGUUUCUAGUCACUAUACGAGCAUCUGCGAGAAGGAUGAGAACGCGGGGAAAAAGAGAUUUUUGUUAGGAGAAUCGAUGGGAGGAGCCGUGGUUCUUCUCUUGCACAGAAAGAAACCUGGUUUUUGGGAUGGUGCUGUCUUGGUUGCUCCCAUGUGUAAGAUAGCCGAAGAUUUGAGACCUCAUCCGUUAAUGAUCUCUGUUCUCACCAAACUCAUGAAGGUUGUUCCAAAAUGGAAAAUAGUUCCGACAAAAGAUGUCAUCGAUUCUGCUUUCAAAGUAGCCGAAGUAAGAUCUCAGGUGAGAGAGAACCCGUACUGCUACAAGGGCCGUCCUCGUUUAAAGACUGGUUAUGAGCUCUUGAGAGUCAGCAUGGACCUUGAGAAGAGACUUAACGAGGUGACGAUACCGUUCCUGGUGCUGCACGGUGGCGAUGACGUCGUCACGGACAAGGGGGCGAGCCAACAACUGCACGAGGUUGCUCAGAGCUCCGACAAGACGUUGAAGCUAUACCCAGGAAUGUGGCACGGCCUCCUGUACGGAGAACCGCCGGAGAAUACUCAGAUCGUCUUCUCCGACAUUGUCAGCUGGUUGGAUGAGAGAGUUAGAGACUCAGCAUAAGAUUCUCGAUGACGAUAAUAUAACGUCUUUGGUUCCAAUUGAAAGAACACAAGAGUAAUUAACUGUGAAUGUUAUUUUAUUAUAUUCAUGGCCAUCGCUUUAAUCAAUGUAAGAAACACUCAAAUCCCAUGUUUUCCACAUGUCUUUUCCCGUACUCUUGUAACUAACAGAUGUGUUGUCUUGAA